AUGGCGAGCCGCCGCAGCAUCCUGCUCCUGAGGAGGCUACACAGGGUAACCGCCAUCAGAAUCAUUAGGGGAUACCGGACGGUGUCUCGCGCGUCGGCGACCGCCCUAGCCGCGUUCCCCCAGUGGGAGCUCCGGGCGCUAGCGCUCAAAAAGAGAUACACCCACCGGAGAGUAUGGCAUCCGGAAGAAGAUCCGACCGAGCAGGCGGCUCCGAACGACAUAGGAACCGCUGAGGAGGACACGUGGGACCGGUGGCGAUCCCAGCUGAUCAACGAGGGAGGUGAACAUCGGGGCGCGGAGGCGGUUCUCCCAAACUGGGAGGCAUGGAGAAGCCGCCACGGUCUCCCGCUCACAUUCAGAAUGACCCAGAUGCUCACCGGACACGGCAUGUUCGGCGAGUUCCUGAAGAGAAUUGGACGGGAGACGACAGACAUCUGCCACCACUGCGGAGAGGACAGCGACACGGCGCAGCACACCCUGGAGCUCUGUCCGGCGUGGGAGCUGCCCCGACACUCCCUGCGGCACGUCACAGGAGGAACAUUGACCCCCCCCCCAGCGAUUAUAGAGGCGAUGCUGAGAGGGCCACAGGAAUACGAGGCCGUCCGCCACUUCUGCGUGCGAGUUAUGCUCGCGAAGGAGCGAGCGGAAAGGGAGAGGAAGAAAAACUCUCACCCCUGCAGGAUAAGACGGAUGACAGUCAGGGUGACAAACAGACAGAGAAGGAUGGCAGUCAGGCGACCUAGAGCCGCCCCACCGCCGUCCCAACGGACCACGCCUGAAGGAGCGCAGCGCUAG